UUUAUUUUGACUUGAAAUUGUUAAUCUGUACAAACGAGAAUUUUUAUAAAUAGUUUUUAAAGACAGUUUAUUCGAUUUACUUAUAUGCAAAGUAUAAUAGUUAUUGAAAUAAUCCAUUUUUAAGUACAAAUUUUUUCGUAAAAACGGUUUUCAAGGAAACCAAAUAAAGCUUGAAUUAAACGCUAGCGUAUAGAAAUAUGAAAUAUAGUCACCAUGUGGCGCUCCAGGUGAGAAAGAAUUGAGAGAAGGAGCCAUUCCACAUUAUUUGUUGUUCGUUGCUGUUGCCUGUGAAAGUAGCGCAGCUUUAAGAGUGAGUCGCGAUAUUUAAUAAUUUAGGAUAAGACUACAGAAAUGAAGAUAAAGUUACUAAUAAUUUUGAACGUUUGGAUAUUAAAUAUCACAGCUGAUAAAUCUGACAAUAAUAAUAGUCCUAAAAUACAGCCUUUUAACUUUCCGCCAAAUUUAUCUGUUGGACAAAGUACUAAAUUUUUAUGCACAUUAGUAGAAGGUGCUCAUCCAGUUAGUUUUCGUUGGUUUAAAGACGGCCAGGAAAUUACAGGAAAUAAGAAUAUAGAAAUAACCAAACUUAGGGAUAUAUCCAUUCUCAUAUUUAACAAUAUAAAUAUCGAAGAUGCUGGUAAUUAUACUUGCAUUGCAAGCAACAAAUUUGGUUCGGUUAAUCAUACCAGUUUACUAGCUGUCGAAGCUCCACCAAGGUGGAUUUCCGAACCUCAAGAUAUAGAUAUUACUUCCGGAAAUUCUAUUAAAAUUAAAUGUUCGGCUACAGGAUUUCCUAUUCCAAAAGUAUCUUGGAGGAGAAUGAACGGUAAUGUGAACGAAUUCGUUAUUUUAACUUUACUUUUAGAGUUUUGCCAUCAAUACUGAUCCCAUUUACAUUUUCAGAAAAUGGUCAAGAAAUAGAAGAGAUAUUUUCUAAAUCUCAAAACGCAACGCUGGAAUUAAAUUCUCCAACUUCUAGUGACAGUGGAAGAUAUGUUUGUAAAGCAAAUAAUGGAGUCGGUGAA